CGAGCAAUGGCGCCAGGGCGUACGUUAACGGUCGCGAGCAGCCGCGCGAGUUUACACACGAUGGGCGCGCGAGGCCGGCGGCGAGCGGUGAGUCGUUACUUGCGAUGAAAAUAAACAGCGCGAAGUCGCGUCCCGCGUAACGACGCGACGUGACAGACAGAGAGGACGCGCGAGCGACGGAGAAGCGCGCGACCGGCCGCGCGGUGGUGGAACGGGAGCCGAUCGCGGCUCUCGCGUGGGACGCGGGGCCGGGUGAGGUGAGCGCUACGGUGUGUUACUUUGACGCCCGCGUGCCUCAACGGACCGGUGUCCUUUCGCGCGUCGCCCCCAGCGGUAUAUUCCCGCCGAUAAUGCCCGCCGCACGCAUUUCCGCGCGAUUACGUGGACAUUCUCGCAGAGCGCGUUAGACAGCCGCGCGCGAUACCGCACGCUACCGUCGUAGAUCGUCGCGCGAUCUCUCGUGCGAAAUCGGCGGAAGUACACGCCGGCGACUAACGCCGGGAGAUCGACGCGGAGACAGGCGCGGAACAGGGGGGUGCCGCGAGGAUCCCGCGAGGACUCCCUCGCGACGACGGCUGGAGCGCGCGGCAAUUGGGAAGUCCACGCUCAUCGGGUGCCACGACAGAGGAGCGAACCCGCGCGAGGACGAGGAUCCUUCACGGCCAUGGCGACUUCCCGGGACCUGGAGAACGACUGGUCCGUGCUCUGGCAGUGCAACACCGACUACUGGACAUACGCCGAUCUUCAAUUGGCAGCGGAGCUCGGCAAGACUCUACUGGAACGGAAUAAGGAGCUGGAGAAUAUCAUCAAGCUGCACCAAUCCACCGUGGAGGAACAGGCACAGGAGAUCGAGUACAUGAAAAAGCAGACCGCCGCGUUGAGGGAGGUGAAUAAUUCACGGCUGAAAAUCUACGAGCAGCUGGAGGUCAGUGUGCAAGAUCUGGAACGCGCGAAUCAUCGUCUGGUGAUCGAGAACACGAGCGACAAGAAGCUGAUCAAGAGCCAAUGCAUGACCAUCGAAAGUUUGGAAGUGAAGUGCGAGGAACUGCAGAAGAAGAUCGACGACUUGACUGGGCAACGCGAGGCUCUCCUGCGGCAACAGCAAGCUGCAAGCCCGUCCCGGAACAAUGCGCAACAGCAGGACAGCAGUUGGAAAACUUCGGUUACGCAAGGUGGCAGCGUACAGCAGAGAGCUGCCCCAGGUUCGCCGAAGUCUUUCCAGGAAACGACAACCGACGCAAACAUCCGACAAACGACGACAGCUGCGGCGAGUGACGAGGAGAUGAACGAGCUGCUGAGGCAACUACAGGACGCUCGCAGUCAGAGGGUCAGGGAGCAGAUGAAGGUGUCCGAGCUCAGUCAGCAGUUGACGACUCUGCUACAGGAAAACAGCGCGUUGGAGGAGCAGUUAACGGUGUGGCGUAACAAAGCGCAGGAUGUGAAGAAUCUGCAAGACGAAAUUAGUACUUUAGAGGAAGUCAGACGAGGUCAGUUGUGCGGACGUUGCUUGCGCGGCAUGGACACGAGGACACACGACGAACUCUCGAUCAUGUUGGACCAAGAAGAGUACGACGACAUCAGCAUGGCCGAGUCGCUGAUCAGCGAGAAUCAGCGGGACUUGGAGCCGAUAGUGCAGGACACCGCAGGCAGCAAGAACGAAGGCACCGACGAGCUGGACAGCGCCAAUCCCUAUCGAGUACUGGUGGAGAAGUAUCAGGCCUUGCUGGAGGUGCAGAGACAUUGUCAGCCCCGUCGCAAGGACGCCAUCCCGGCGGCGUGCAUGUCGUUGCAGGAGGAGCUCGAGAUGUCCGGGGAGUUCAACAACUUCAAUCCCGCCGUUGCGGAAGCCGAGGUCGCUCCGGAAUCGGCCAAGAACGCGCCGCGAACCAAAGCCGACGUCCCCGGUAAGAAAGCCUUCUCGGCCACCCCGACGGACUUCUCCGAGGCCGAGACGUCGUCCUCGGGCUUCUCAGAUGAGACGAGCAACAAGGCGACGCAGACGGAUGGCAGGCCAGGUUCCUUCUUGUGCUCGAUCGCCGACGGUGAGGACUGCAAGUUCAGCAUCUACGACGACAAUAGUCCGUUCGAGAGCAGGUUCCGCAAGACGCCGGAAUAUCGACAGCUCUUCAGUGAGAUCUUCAGCGUGUUGAAGCGGGCGGCUGAGGCGAAGGACGAGGGCGAGAAGCUGCCCCUGUUGGACGACUCCAGCACAUCACAGUUAACGCCCGAGGCGCCGAUUCAGGAGGAUCUGCACAGCGAAGCGACUGACGACAACCAGAGCGUCAUGUCCUCUAUCGUGUCGUCCGUUGUCUCGGAGCCGGUGUUCAGGGUACAACCCGCCAGCCCACCCAAGACCGACAACAAGCCUAAAACCGUCAGCCAACCGCAGCCCCAUCACGCUACCAGACUGGACUACCUGUCCAUCAACGUGCACGUCCGCAAGAAGUCCGCGAAGAAGAACUUGGCGAAGAAGGCGCACUACAACGACCGGCCGACGACGCCAGACGUCAUCCCCACGACGAAUCCGAAAUUCGUGCCGCCCAAAGCCAACGGCGGCGGCCGCAGAAAGUACAAGCCGUUCAACACCGUCGAUCAGGACGGCAACGGGAUGUGGAACGGCCAGCACAACGCCAACUACUCGAACCGCGCGAGAGAUAGGAGGCAACACGGCUAUGCGCGAAGCCCGAACGAGCAGCAACAACAGCGCAACAACUACAGCGAGUACAGCGAGUACAAGCCCAGCACCGCGUCGGAGGAAGUGGCUCGAUUGAAGCGGCUGGAAAUGUCUUACGCGGAGGUGCUACGCACGCCGAACAAGCCCAAAGCCAACAAUCAUCAUAAUCAUCACCGUAGGAGCUAAAUCGCAGCCACGAAGCGAGCUGGAGAAGCAGCGACUCGCGCUGGACUUUUGUACUCUCGAAUUUCCUCUCGAAUUGUAAUCUUCGAUUAGUAGAGCGCACGUGUUGCUUCGCAUCCUCCGGACACGAAUAAAGUCGCUCAACUGGCGUUACACACACACGCACACACAUACAUACAUACACACACACAUAUACACAUACGACGAAUAAAUAAAGCAGUGAAAUUCAGUAUUGUUUCGUACUUGUUGUAAAUAAUGGACGACGUGCAGCGGCAUGACGCGGGCACUAAUAGGUGCGAUCGAGGUCUUAGCUUUCAGUUCGGGCGUUUUGUACGUCACUCGUAACCCUUUCCCCUCUGUCCUCUCUGCCCCCUUUCCUUCUCUCAUCCUCACGCGCUCAUCGCUCGGACUUGGCAGCUAACGCGGCGCGCUGAUCAGCGGUCGGAGUCAUGCCGCUGCAUAAUGGUGCCGUCUCGUAGUCUCGUUACGGAGAAGAGGAAAACUUAUUUAUGUGCCAUUUAUUCUCCGUGUCAAAAUACGAACUUCCAUCUCCGAAACUCGUACUACUUCACGAUAACAUAUGCCUACUACCCGCAGGGGUGUAAGACUCGUAGUGCAUGUCGGCAACAGCAUGCGUGGUGUGUUAGCUUUUGUAUUUUGUAGGUAUGAAUAUUGUGAUCAUGUUUUAUGUAUAAAUAAAUAAAUUCUUUAUCGUAUC